AUGGAUGGACCCGAAAAUUGUCCCGAGGGCGAAACUCGCGGUGCCAAAGAGCUGGUCGUCAAGUUGAUUGUCGCCCAUCUCACUGCAGUUGUCGCCUUCUGUCACCUUCAAUCUCUCCGCAAUGAGCGUCUAGACACCAUCGAACCAGUACUAUUCCUCCUCUCCCCAUUUAUCGUCGUCUUCCAAACAGCUCUUGGUCUGGUCACCAUCCACUGCCAUCUUAUUGAAAGUAUGCUCAGAUCACCCAAAUCUUGGCCCACUCAUAUGAGCAUUUAUGCGCGCCACUGGAGUCUUUUGUUUGCAAGGAAACCAACACCUAGACUAAAGGGAGAUGAUGACUAUCGUUCUAAGCCCGGGGGAGCUUGGUUGAAUCUGGGGAGACUACUAGUCAUGUCUGGGACGCUCUUCCAGUUCGUGGCGACCAUCUUUUUAUACAGGCGAAGGUGGAACCUCUAUGGCUGGGAGUCUCUCUCCAUCGUUGAUCACCGAACGUUUGAGUUGGCCGUUGGUGGCGCUACACUCACAGUCAUGUCCAUCUUUCUGGCGCUCAGACUACCGGGCUUUGCUGAAGCUCCUCUGACCCCGUAUACCCAAGAGAACAGUCCAGCGCCAGAGCAAAUCAUCAUCUUCUGUCGUGGUGAUGGAAGACGUUGUCCUAAAUGGUACUUGCCGUUAUACAUAUCUGAAUAUGUGCCAGAAACGACAGCAGCAACAUGGCUUUUAUGCGUCUUUUUUUCGACAUACCAAGGCGAGAUGAUAUGGCUGGGACAUGUGACAUAUCUCUCUAUUCUUAUUUAUGAGAUUUCCACCGAGCCGCUUGGCCUUCAUGUUUCGGUCUGGACAUUCUAUCUUCUUGCAGCCAUGUUGAUCAGCCUCUGGACAGCAGCCGCAAAGAUUCUUUCACGCCUUCCCAGCAGUACCUUUACCGAUUUGGAUAGAAAACAUCCCUGGAUAGCUAGGCCAGCCAUUAUCAUUUUGGGUGCUAUGUUUUUCAGCUUCUAUUUCAUAUUAGGUAUGUUCAUGGUCAUGUGUGUUUCUCUACUCGGGUUCGCUAUACUACCGGCCCUGCUAUCUAGUGUAGUCAGUAUUGGAUUGACCAAAGGUUGGGAAGCCCACGCUAUGUUUUCCCAGGUACCCUUUGGGACAAACGAUGAAGCGACUGAGUGUUUAUUGCUUUGGAAGGAUCCCGUGGCUGAGUAUCUAUGGUCCCUUGUCUAG